CUGCUGAACAUACGGGGCCUAUCAUUCAUUGUUUUUAAAAUGAAUGAUACAUCUUUGAGAUUUAAUUAAACGAACAGUAUCAUUUCUAUCAAACCGAUGAUUGUUGUAGACUAAAGGUAUACCUGGUUAAGACUCGUUAGUUUCGCUGUAGAACAGAAAUUAUUUUCUGACCCGUCACCGUUACGUUUAAUACAUUGUAUACUUAAUAUACACAACAUUAACGUACUGGCAGGCUGCUUGUGUUCGGCCAACAUGCCACUUGGUUUAAAACCAUGUUGUGCUGUGUGCAAGACAAACUCUUCAUCUAUGUGGAAAAAAGGGAACCAAGGGGAAAUUUUGUGUAACAAUUGCACGGGUAAGAGUACAUCCAGCGGAGGAUCAGGAGCGUCGGCUUCAUCAACCAUACAGCAAAAUAAUGGUGGAGGAAAACAGUCCAAACAAGAGAUCCACAGACGGAGCGCUCGGUUACGGAGCACCAAAUAUAAAGCGCCAGCAUCUGAGAAAAAGGUGUCAACUAAAGGAAAGGGUAGACGACACAUUUUUAAACUGAAAAAUCCUAUAAAAGCACCAGAGUCCGUGUCGACUAUCAUCACAUCAGAGUCCAUGUUUUACAAGGGUGUCUAUUAUCAAAUAGGAGAUGUAAUAAAAGUAAUAGACGAGGAUGAUGGCAAACCCUAUUACGCACAGAUUCGUGGUUUCGUCCAGGACCAAUACUGUGAGAAAAGUGCUGCUUUAACCUGGCUCAUCCCAACUCAAUCCAGUCCACGAGAUCGGUUUGAUCCAAGCACUUACAUUGUUGGUCCUGAAGAGGACUUACCAAGGAAAAUGGAAUACCUGGAAUUUGUCUGUCAUGCCCCAUCAGAGUAUUUCAAAUCAAGGAGUUGCCCCUUUCCAACAAUACCUGUUCGUCCAGAAAAAGGCUACAUCUGGACUCAUAUAGGACCAACACCUGCUGUUGCCAUUAAAGAAACUGUAGGGUGAAUUUACACCUUAACAUGUACAUUCAGACUGUUGAUUAACUGAACUUUCUUUUAUUGAGAAUAUUCAAUACUAUUUUACAUACAGAACUGUCAUCUAAAAUGAUCAUGCAACAUACAAGAGGAAUGGCCAGUGACUAUGAGUUCGCAGGUCACCAGGGGGCGAUGUUUUUUAUCAUUUUUACGGCUGGUGUGAUCAAUGAAAGUCUUAUUUGUGUUCAGGUGCCUGGCCAUGUUCAUGUGUAGUGAAGCUGGGCCAACACAAUGUCAUUUGUACAAUUUGAACAAUUUGCUAUCGCCCCCCCCCCCCCUUUUUUUUUACUAAAUAUAUGUAUUUGUAUAAUUCACUUUAUACAAGUUCAAACGAACUAGCCUAUUUUUCCCCUUAAACUGGAUGGUGUGGAUGUCUGACUUUAUAUUUUUGGGAUGAAAAAAGUAAAGAACAAAAGCAUAAAAUAUAUCUAGGAAUACAAAAAUGUCUAGAUACACCACAUUUUGUUCAGAUCAAGGGCAGUAGUAUGUCUGUCUCUAGUGGCAAGCUUGGCUCACUGUCAAAGUUUUUUGGGCAAUUUUUUGUCCCCUUAAGUCCCUGGAUGCUUACAAACCAUGUAAGAUAUUAAAGAAACAAGUUUAAAUAAAUAUUAAACUAUAUUUUUCCUGUUA